CAGGGAUUGCAGUUGCUCUUUUCUCUGGGUGUCUGCCCUGCUUUGAAGUUGGUCGGCUGUCGAACCACUGAUCGGCGUGUGAUAUUAAUUGACCAUCCAUGGAUGCUGAUGAUUAGAAAUGGACGGAAUUGCGUUUCUGUGGAUGUGUCGGACCGAAUUGAUGUUUUUUGUGGUGAAUAAUGUCUUGCUGAGUCUACAAGAAAUAGCCUAUGGGAUGUCAGAGCAGGAGGGUCAUGUGGUGUGACAGCGCAGGGGUUCCGGGGCUCACGCAUCGGAAUGCCACAGGCUUCCACAACGCCGCCGCUGCUUCCCAUCCUAUUGGCUACGCUGGGAUACGCUAUGGCCGGCGUCCAUCUUUGGCCUUCCCUCCAUGUAGCCCUUAGCAACGGCAGUGUGUUCGUCAACUAUGACACCAGAGACCGCAACACUUCCUCAGAUCUCCAGAACCAAACUCUAUCUCUUUUUGACAUGCAAACCAAUGUCAGCCUCCUAACCAGAACUCUGCCAAUCAACGAAUCAGAGGGGAGAUUAGAGUUCAACUGCUCCUGCUUCCUGUAUGCCGGCACAUUCCGCUUCCGCCUAGAGCAGACCCACUAUGCCACAGCUAAUUCUAAAGGUAAUGCUACUGCUAAUGCCAGCGUAACGGACAGAGACGGAGAUGGUAGAAUUACUGCCAUCUGGUGGUGGAGCUCUGAGCUGCAGGUGGUGUGGCCGACCUUUCACAUUGCCGUGGGGCAGAAUAACAACCAAUCAGGAUCUUUUCAGGUGGGGAUUUCAACCAAUGAGUUGUUCCAGUCGUGUGCCUUUGGCCUUGGCUCCGCCCUUUUCCUAGAGGUCAGCUACUUGGAGUUCAACCAGAUUGGUCGAAACAGCAUUGACAAGGUUCGAGCCCGCAUCCGGCACCCAAUCAAAACGCUGCGUUCCCAGACGGUGGAUCUGUCAUGUGCAUUUUAUUUCACGGACCAAGACUUCAUCAGGGUGGCUCUGCACUCUCCUCACACUGACCAAGAUGUCAAGUCUUCCGGUCCCCUCUACCUUUCCAGAAUAUUCUCCUACAAGCUACUGGUGGACAACGUUAACUCUUACAAGACAGGCUGUGAGGGAGUGGUGUCUGUACAUCUUGUGACUCCUCCCUGUGCUCUGAUCAACGGCAAGGUCCUCCUUUACCGGGACAGAACAGGGACAUCGGGGGGGAAGGGAGGUGCUGAGGUGGCGGUGGUAGGAGAAGCCGAGGAGUCUCCACUGGCGUUUAAUUGGCUGACGCAGGGGGAGAAUGUGACCGAGUUCAACUGUUCAGUGUUUGACCCCGGAAGGAAUAAAUACUGCUUCAGAUUUGUGCUGAAUUACAGCCGCUCCCCGACUCCAAAGACCUGCUUGGUCGUACACAGGAAUGCAGAGUCGUGGGGGCCGUGGCAACCGUGGAGUGUCUGCAGUGUGAGCUGUGGUGAUGGAGUGAGGGAGAGAGUGCGCGUGUGUCUGCUGUCGUCCGGAGGAGGAAGUGUGCACUGCAUCGGGAUGGUCAAAGAGCAGUCCAUCUGCUCACUGGAAGACUGCACAGUCCUCCCACCUCCCUCCCCCUCCCCCCUGCCUCCCCCGUCUUCCUCCCCGCUGGGCAGUAACCUGGUGGCUGUGGCUGGCGUCUCUCUGUGCCUGGCAGUCAUCCUGGCCACCGUCCUGGUCACCCUGUGGAGGAAACUGUGCCGGACACGCCAGUGCAGCUCUGUGCGCCGCAGUUCCACGCACUCACCCGGGGGGCGCAAACUGUCCGACGAGGCCUCCAUCUGCGGCCACAGCCUCCAGAGACCCAGCCUCUCUGACAGCCAGGGCAACCAGGGACACCCGGGUGGCACAGGGCCGGCCCGGACCGAGAGGCCCAACCUGGGGCGAGUGCCUCUGCCUCAGCCCCCUGCCCUGGUCGGUUCCCUGGUUCAGGACCCUGACCGUCUGUCUCCUUCGGGACAGAAGGUUCUGCCGCCAAUCUUUGGGUACCGCCUGGCCCAGCAGCAGCUGAAGGAGAUGAAAAAGAAAGGCUUGAAGGAAGCCACCCAGAUAUACCAUGUUUCCCAAAGCCCCGUUCAAGACACCCUGCUGGAGGGCUCCUCCGUCUCCACCCCUACCCAGCCACAGCUACUCCACCCUGGGCACACCCCCAGCCCUGGCCCCCUGGACCUCCAAUGUGACGAUUCUAGUCUGAGACGAUUUCAAAUCAUGGCCCCCUUCCCCGAGGCCAGGGCCCCACAGCGCAGCUCAGCGACUCCGCCAGACAGACUGAGCCCCAGGGUGGAGCUCAUCCUGGGGCCCCCCACAGCUGGGUACGGAGCUGGAGGAAAUGGAAGCUCGAAGCGAUGGGAUCGCACGGCUGACUGGGUAGAGAUGGUGGAGAGAAGUGGGUUUGGAGGGAUGGCUGGAGGAGACAGAGGAGGCCUUCCCUCAAACUCCUGCCAGAAAAACCCAAACUUCCGACGAACAUCCAGCUUCCACGACACCAAGCCCUCACCCCCUCCAGCAGCCUCCUGUCAGCCGUACAGGGAGAGGAGCAAGACACAGGUGGGUCUCCGCACCAGGGCCCUCCCAGAGGGCAGCUGUAAGACCCGAGGCACCUGGGAGAACCAAAACCAGACCUUCCCCUCCUAUCCCAUCCCUGAGCACAGCGCCCCCGACUGGGCCAUGCCCAAAUCCAAAAGCCCUGGCCUCGGGGAAACCAGUGGAAGACCCUGGGUGGAUACUGGAAGUUCCUUCACUAGCAAACCAAAACACACUGGGAAGAGCUCAGGAACCUCAACGGCGGCCAGGAUGGGGUCUGAGCUGCUUAUGAACUCUGACCUCAUCCGAGAGAGGAAGAGGAGUGGAGCUGGUGGUGAUAAAACUGGAGGAGGUGGAGGAGAGGAGAGAGAAGGAGAAGAGAUAAUGAGUAGUAACAUAAGGGAAGAAGGAGGGGGUAAAGAUGGAGGAGAGAGAGGGAGUUAUAACAUAAGAGGAGGAGGAGCAGGGGUUAGAAAUAGAGAGAGAGGAAGUACUAACAUAAGGGGAGAAGGAGGGGGUACAGGUGGAGGAGGGAGAGGAAGUACUAACAUAAGGGGAGAAGGAGGGGGUACAGGUGGAGGAGGGAGAGGAAGUACUAACAUAAGGGGAGAAGGAGGGGGUACAGGUGGAGGAGGGAGAGGAAGUACUAACAUAAGGGGAGAAGGAGGGGGUACAGGUGGAGGAGGGAGAGGAAGUACUAACAUAAGGGGAGAAGGAGGGGGUACAGGUGGAGGAGGGAGAGGAAGUACUAACAUAAGGGGAGAAGGAGGGGGUACAGGUGGAGGAGGGAGAGGUGGGGUAUCUGGUAUAGGUGGCCCAGUACCAGGAUCAGUAUUUCGUGGCGGUCCUGCCUACCUCACCCCAGACCGAGCAGAGCGAGCGGAACAGAAUUGGAGCCGCAGGGGGCCCUCCCCAAUUCAGAGGAACAUCCUGGCCAGGAAGCUGAGAGAGGCUCAGUCUUUCCAUGUGGCCUCCGGCCAGCGGGGGAGCCAUUACAACAACCAGCAGAGGCAGCGCAGCUCCACAUUCAGUGUGUCUGCUGGCGAGCAGAAGAAGGGCAGGUGCAGGUCUCUGCCUCUGUCUGGAGACUACAGUAGUAUCAGGGGUAGCAGUGGCUCCCCCUAUGGGCUGACUGAGGCUGAGCAAUGCAUGCUGGACCUCGACAUGACAACGCUAUACCUGGGAGAGGACGAGUUCUCACCUGUUCACACCUGAGGGGAGAGGAGACUGAGAGGAAAAAGUUGGAAAUACAUGAUAAACACUGGAAUUUUUUGUUUUACCAUUACACUGAAAACAGAGUCAACCAUUUUUGGAUUUCGGAGGAAUUAUGUCACUGUAAUAUCACAUUGUCCUUGUUGAAUUUCUGUCUGUCUGUUUCUGUCUCUCCGUCUGUUUCUGUCUCUCUGUGUCUGUCUGUUUGUCUGUUUCUAUC